AUGGCAAACCAUUUGGUAGACGUCCAUGAACUUUCGUCCCAAGAAAGACAACCUUAUCUUACUCGUGCUAAGCCAACAGCUUUAGACUUAGAAAAUGCUUUAACAGAGUUGUACAGAUUAAUUGGGAACAGCAAAAAGCAGUCGAAGUGGAAUAAAAGCGGGAUAAAGAAUAUACCCAUUCGUCAACCAAAAUCCUCCAGGAAGAGAAUGAAAUCAAAUACAAAAUCUGCAAAGAACGUGGACAAUACAGAAAUGAAUGAUGGCUCAAAGGAGUGGUUAAA